AUGGCAAAGCGCUCGAUGUUGGCCAAUUUGAAGAGCGUUUCGCCCGAGUUCAGUAAGAAGAAGGACCGCGCUACGCUAGCCACGCCGAACUUGGAGGUCUGCGGCAUUUGGAGGAGGGAGGCAGCCAGCGGUCCGCAACGGGAGUAUCUGUCCUCACCCGGCCACCGACCAACCCAGCCAAUCAGCUCGCCCACAUCGAUCGCACUCACGCUGACCGAGAGAUCGACGAUCUCACCGGUAUCGCCUGCCUCCCCCUCCGCCAUGAUACCCUCCACCGACGCACCCCAGCGCCACCCCCGCUUCUGGCUCGACGACGGCUCCCUCGUCCUCCGCACAAGCACAGGCACCGACGCGUACAAAGUCCACCGCACCCUCCUCGCGCGUCACUCACCCUUCAUCGCCUCCCUAGCAGCGGACGAUUCACUCGACGGCUCGCCUGUCGUCCGCAUCCCAGAGGAACGCGGCGUAUCCAGCGCAGACCUCGAGGCCCUCCUCGAGCACCUCUACCACGACGCCCCACUAGACACAGACUCGCCCUUCCCCCGCAUCGCCUCCGUCCUCCGCGCCUCCUCCGCCCAGCAACUCGACCUCCCCUCCAUCCACUCCCUCGCGCGCCACCGCCUCGAGGCCCUCUUCCCCACCUCUCCCGUGCCCUUCUUCGAGACCGACCGGCCAGACGACGCGCUCACGCUCGCGGUCGAGUACGACGUCUAUCCAAUACAGAAAAUCCUAUUCUACACCGUCGCCACCCACACCCACCUCGAGCACGACGAGCCCCCCACCAUCUCCUCUGCCCACACCCACCCAGAUCCUCCCUCCCCCUCAGACCCCGCACCAGCCUCCGCCCCGCACCUCACCCUCUCCCCCACCCUCACCACGCGCUGCCAAUCCCUCCUCGCCUCCCUCCUCUCCCACUUCACCCCCGUCCUCUUCACCGUCCCCACCGCCUCCCACAUGCCCUGCACCGACGCCCUCGCUGAGGCCUGGAUGCCCCGAGUCAUCGCCCCCGCCCUCGCCGCCGACGGGCUCUGCCGCCCCCUCGAGACCCUCCAGACCAUCAUCGAUAUCGACUGGGCCGCGCGCGGCGUGUGCCAGGAGUGUGUCGUGCAGAAGAGAGAGGAGUGGUGCGCGGAGCAGCGCGCGGUGUGGGAGAAGAUGGAUGGAUGGCUUGGGUUGGAGGGCAUUGAGCGAUUCACUGCUUGA